GGUUCGCGUGGCGGGGGCGGCAACUACGAUGACAUUAUUUAAUUUAUGCUGUGAUAGUGAAAUACCAACAACAACACAAAAAACGACACCAAGAACACAAACUCAAAAACCUAAGAAAUCAAACCAAGUAUUUUCGCCGAGUUACCCACAAGCCACAAGUGGAAAGUUAAUUUAUUUAACGCGAAGGAGAACGGGAAAUUAACAAAAAGCUUUAACCAAAUAACCAAAAAUAAUAAGGAAAAACACCAAGCAAACCCAUUGCAUGCCAUAUUUAUAAAUAAAUAAAACCUUAAUUCAUAGUGAAAACAGCACCAAUUAGCGCAUAACCUAUAAAGUCUUAGUCAAUAUGUUUAGCUAGUUACAAUUUACAUAGAUAACGAUUAAUUAGUGGCUUCAAACAAAACACCAAGAAAACAACAGCCCAGAAGGGAAAAACCAAUACCAAGUUCGACGGCACUGGAGCUGAAAGGCGAAACUAACGAAUAACGAUUAGGGAAGCAGGCCAACUGAUAAGGCUGGCCAAAUAUUAAGCUUAUUGCGAAUAGAGGAUAGGAAAUAAUAAUAGCAACCGCCCCCAAACCGCGUCGAAAGCCCCGAAAAGCGAGUUCAUUCAGAAAACGUGCCACACAACCGGACGACAGCGACGCUAGCGCAGGCAGAGGCAGAGGCAGUGAAGGCAACGGUAAAUGUCAAAGUCAUAAAGAGAGAGAAAGCUCGCUAAAGCUCAGGACUACUGUCAACGAAAAGCCGCAGGAUAAAAGCUUCGUCAGAGCGGUAGAUUUCAAAAUUCCAUAGUAAACAAAAAGAGUCAAGAAAUCGUUUCGAAACUACAAAAACUAUAAAAAACAAAAAACUAUAUUAAAGCUCUAAAUACUCUCUUAGUAUAAAAACAGCAGGAUACAACUUAGAGCCCUGCUUUCGAUAAAAAUAUAAAGAAAAAGAACUGGACUGUAUUUCGUACAAGAUUUUUGAGUUUCAAGAAGGAAUAUAAAAAGACAAGAGCCUGCCAACCAAAGAGGAAACUAUAAGGUUAGAGCUCAUCCAGUCUCUUAGACAGUAGACAAAUGUAAACGCCUUAAGGAUAGUCUGAAACCACAAAAGCUCAGGAUAAAAGCUCGACCCAGGGCUUUUGGCCAAGACACACGCCUUGUCGGAAGAAUGGCCACCACAGCGGCGGGAACGGUAACGACUGGAGCAGCAGCGGGAGCGGCGCAUCCCGAUGACGCCAGCAGCAUGAGCGACGACGUCUUUGAGGAUGCUGAGACGACGCAGGCCAGGAUCGAGGAGUUGCGCCGACGCCCCUUCGGCGAUGGCUGUUACAACCCGCCGGCAGCCCCUGCCUCCGUAUCGACAACGACGCAACACCACCACAAUCCACAUCACCAUCACCACAGCCAACAGAGUCUGACCGGAAGCCAUCACUACCAUGACGAGUCUAUCAUGGCGCCUGUUCAACGCACGGCCACCGGAUAUCCGGGCUAUCGGCCGUCACGUGAAGCCCUGCAGAUGUACGCUUACGGCAAUGAGGACUACGACGACUAUGACGAUGGCUGGCGAUCGUAUCGCUAUGACGAGGUGGACAUGCACCAGGCACCGCCAGCCGCUCACCAGCAACCUUUCGACGACACCAUCAACCACAAGACUAUCCUUCUGGGCGACUCCGGAGUGGGCAAGACCUCGUUCCUGGUCAAAUACAACACGGGAGAGUUCCGGCUGGGCUCCUUCUCUGCCACAGUGGGCAUCGCAUUAACGGUCAUAAUGCUGGGCGACUCGGGAGUGGGCAAGACCUCGCUCCUGAUCCGUUUCCGAGACGGUCGCUAUGUGCCGAGCUAUUUCCUCAGCACGGUCGGCAUUGAUUUUAGGAAUAAAGUGGUCGUCGUCGAUGGCACCCGGGUCAAGCUGCAGAUAUGGGACACGGCCGGACAGGAGCGAUUCCGUAGCGUUACACACGCCUACUACCGCGACGCACACGCUCUGCUGCUGCUGUACGACGUGACCAACAAGACCACCUACGACAACAUACGCGCCUGGCUGGGCGAGAUCCGGGAGUACGCGCAGGAGGACGUGGUCAUCGUUUUAAUAGGCAACAAGGCCGACUGCAGCGGCAGCGAGCGGCAAGUGAAGCGCGAGGAUGGCGAGCGCCUGGGACGGGAGCACAAUGUGCCCUUCAUGGAGACCUCGGCCAAGACGGGACUUAACGUGGAGCUGGCCUUCACAGCGGUGGCCAGGCAGCUGAAGAGUCGCGGCUACGAGCACGGCGAUGAUGGAAAGUUCAAUGUGCAUGAUUUUGUGCGUGACAAUACAAAGGCGCGCUCCGUUUGCGCCCAGUGCCGGAACAUGUAAUUGGCCAAUUGCCGCGCAGGAGCCACCCGAUCCCGAUUCCGAUUCCGAACCAGAUUCCAAGCACAAUGAAGAGAACACCACACAAUAAACCGGCACAAAUAUCAAAGGGAAGAGUGGGGCGCACUCAAAAGGAUACGGACAAGGACGCGGGCAUGGUCACGGACACGGAGGGCAGGGCCGAGCUCUGGCAUUUAAUGAAGCACACACAAAGAGAAACACUGACAAGAUGGCACCAAUUUUGUAAGACCCUAGUGAGGAGUAGAAGAGAGUACUCGGUAUGUUUUGUAUGUAAAUGGGAACUUCGGGGCGGAACGGGACGCGAUACGUAUAAUUUUUUAGGGCAGGCCACCGCAUUGGCAUUGAUUGAUGCAUAAAAAUAUUGAACAAUAUAUAUAUAUAUACAAAUAUCCAUUAUACAACUGCAUAAAUUACUUUAACGAGAGAAGAAGAGAGGAGCGGGGCGGAUGAAACGCAUCAAAAUCAUGCAACAUUGAGAUUUAUCCAGCACGCCGUUGGACUUCGCCAGGGAUCGCCAGGAUCCUACUAGGAUAUCUAUAGCCCCGCGUGGACAUCUCGAGAGUGGGAACCAAAUCCAAUUAAUGAGAAACAAUCACUCAAUUUACCUACGAUUACAUUUUGUUUAUAACUCCUAAUCGUUAAGUGUUAUGAUGGCCUAUCGUUAAGUUUUAGAAAGACCCACGCCGAGAGGAGACCCUUGGAAAUUAUUUACACACCCCACUAAUGAAUACCCUACGCAACUAAGUUAAUUACUUACUAUUACUGCUACUAUUACUAUUACUAUUACUACCUAUCUAUGUAAGCCCUGCCCAAACCCAUUCGAGACGAGACUACAUACAUAUUUCAAAAGGCGCGCCGAGGCGGAGGUCGCUCAAAAUCAAAGGCAGUUGAACUAUUACUAUACUGUGCUACUACAGCAGAGAAUCCGACGCGUACAUAUAUCACAGGAUGGAUGUAAAUUAGCAAAUAAACAGCGUUAUAUUCAAGCAGACGUCAAGUCUAUACCAUAAACAGCAAAUACAUAUUU